ACUGUUGUCGGCAGCGGUCUUCUCGUUGUUCCCCGUGCUCAGCUUACCAGCGGCGCUCGCUAUUCCAUCAAGUUCAGCCUGACCUUCUUCACCGCUUCCAGCAGCAGCACUCACGUUGUCGACAUCACCGUUGACCAGAUCCCCACCGCGACCAUCACUUCGCUUUCUGGCCUCAACCUCGCUCGUGGCAACCAGAACAAGUUCCAGGUUUCUGUUGCCUUCCCCUCUUGCGUUCCUUCCCAGGCUAUGACCUACGCAUGGACUCUGUCCGACGCCACUCUCAACAUUGAGUUCGACUUGGCUGCUCUCUCGAUUCCCCACGACCUGCAGGUGAUCACCUUCCCCCCGUUCACCUUCGUGCCCGGCCACCAGUACCUCCUUUCCGUCGCCGCCACCGUUGUUUCCUCCGGCGUUGUUGCCUCCGUCUCUGGCAUGCCGUUCUCUGCCAUUCCCCCGCGUAUCUCCGCUGACGUCGUCGCCCCUGCCCUCGUUGACGCCUCGGGCUCCAUCUCGGUUGUCGUUUCCUGCAGCGAUGUUGACCAGACUUCUGGCGCUUGCAACUACGCCGUCAACUGCUUGGACAAUGCCGGUGUUGUUUGCCACGACAAGCUCGGCGCCAAGCUCGUUCCCACUCUUGUUUCCACCGACAAUGUGAACAACAUUGCCACCUUCAGCAUCAACCUGAACAACGCGUACGCUGGCGGUGUCAGCCUUGCCAUUUCCGCCCUGGUGACCAAGAACGGUGCUUCCGCCGCUUCGCUCACCAGCAACGUC